AUGGCGUGGGAAAUGCUGCAGGAGAUUAAAAGCCUUGUCAUUGAGGAGUCAAAGUAUUGUCUAGAUGUUCUCUCCACCUGGAGAAACGUUUAUGGGCACGAGGGGAAGAAAGACAACGUCUCUCCAGAAGGUUGAUUGCCUCUGAAGAGGAAAUCAGAAGAAGAGACAAAUACUGCAACGGAAAGGCAGAAAACAGAACAAGUGAGAGAGCCUGUGUCUGAGGAAUGUCGAAUGGAAGCUGGAGAGAGGUGUGUGGUACCGGAGAGAAAGAGUGAUCAGGACUGCCGGACUGAAAAGAAGACUUCCUUAGAAGACCCUUCCAAAAGCAAUGGGGAGAAACCUGUUGUGAAUGGGCAGCUUAGCUUCAGUUUCAGAGUUUCUUGCCGUUGUAGUGGAGCGAUUGCCAGACUACUUCCUUCACAGGAGAUGGGAAGAGCCGUUGGCGUAGCACUCAUGAAGCAGUGUGGGUGGCGGGCUGACCUGCGGGACCCCGAUCUGGAGAUCUUUGUACAUCUUAAUGACAUUCACUCUGUGGUGGGAAUUACUCUUUUCAGGCUUCCGUUGGCAAACAGAGAGUAUAUCAAAACCGCAGGGCUGCGGUCCACAGUUGCAUGGGCCAUGGCAUCUCUGGCUGAAAUCAGCGCGGGUGCCUUUGUGCUGGAUCCCAUGUGUGGGCUGGGGACGAUACUGCUGGAAGCUGCCAAAGAGUGGCCCGAAGCCUGUUACUGGGGUGCUGAUGUAAGUGAUUCACAGUUAGAGGGCGCAGAUGUGAAUAUAAGGACUGCAGGCCUGAUGGAUAAGAUUGAGUUACUCAAAGCUUCUGUGAAAUUGUUGCCGUUGCCUUCAGAAAGCUUUGACGCUGUGAUUUCGGGUAUUCCGUUUGGGAAGAAGCUCAAGAUCACAAAAGACAUACAGCUCCUACUGGAUGUUCUCCAGGAAAUGGAGAGGCAGCGCUACCAGUGA